AUGUCAACAUUCACCGCACCAGACACUAAGCUUAAAGAGCUAAGGCCUGACAGCCUCAGCUAUGUUUCAGUCCCAGCUAAGGAAACGUUGGAGACCUUCAUAUGCAACACCACUGCCGCUUGUUAUACGCCCACUGCAAUGGAAUUCCCUCCAUUCUCCAUGUGCGAUUCUGGACUGCCGGAGCAAAAGCUUAAAGAGCCAAGGCCUGACGGCCUUGACUAUGUGCUAGAAGAUCAGAAAGCAGCCCAUACUGAGGAUUCAGGAGCUGCUGGAGGUUCUUUGGCUUUAUCUGGUCCGAAUUCCACGGGAUUUGUCGAGCACACCGGUACUGCUAAGGGAAUGGCUACAGCUCAAGAUUUCCCGCACAUGCAUUAUGAGCCCGUUGCUGUGGAGUCAUCGCCUGUGAUUGUUCAGAACUCAGAGACUGGAUGCGCCACUGUCAAGCCUGAAUCAACGGAAGCCACAAUGAUAGCUCGCAUAGUGCCAAAGUCUUUCACUGGACUUGAAAUCUGUUUUCUUGCCAACUUCUUGACUGCACAAGAGAAGCCCAUUGUCCAUGCCGAAGUCACUGAAGUCAUACGCCCGCCAGAAAACUGCGAACGCCCUAGGGGUGAUCGUCUCGCCCGGCGUUCAACUUCUUUACUAACUCAGGGAUCUGCUCCUGCCGAUCAUAUUCAUCAGCUGUAUCUGCUGUAA